GCCGUAGAUUGAGCUGGGCAUGCGUAAUCACGAGGUGGUGCCUCCGUCGCUGGUGGCGUCUAUCAGUGGGCUGAGUGGCAGUCUGGUGUUCAAACUGCUCAAGGACCUCACGCGACACAAACUCAUCUCCUACGAAACCACAGUGUAUACGGGAUACCGUCUCACCUACCACGGCUACGACUGUUUGUCGCUGAAAGCAAUGACCAACCGCGGCAGUCUGUGCUCAGUGGGCAACCAAAUCGGGGUUGGCAAAGAAUCAGACAUAUACGUUGUGGCAGAUGCAAACGAGAUCCAGCACGCGCUCAAGUUCCAGCGACUGGGCCGAACUUCAUUCAGAGCCAUUAAGAGCAAACGAGAUUAUCUUAAGGGCCGUAGCGGCGGCAGUUGGCUGUAUCUGUCCCGUCUAGCUGCGCAGAAGGAGUACGCCUUCAUGACCGCGCUGUAUGAGGCUGGCUUCCCUGUGCCCAAACCAGUCGACCAGAACAGACACGCCAUUGUCAUGGAGCUGUGCGCAGGGUACCCUCUGCACCAAAUCCACGACCUCAAGAACACCGCCAAGUCGUACGACAGCCUCAUGGCUCUGCUACUGAGGUUGGGCAACAGUGGGCUAAUCCACGGUGACUUCAACGAGUUCAAUGUCAUGUGCGAUGACGACGAUGUCAUGACGUUGAUUGAUUUCCCACAGAUGGUGUCGACAGACCACUCCAAUGCACAGUGGUACUUUGAGCGUGAUGUAGAGGGAGUGCGAGACUUCUUCAAGCGGCGGUUCGGAUUUGAAUCGGAUACGUACGUGAAAUUCAGUGACAUUAAGAGAGACGGACAUUUGGACAAUCUCGUGGAGGCCAGUGGGUUCACAAAGGUCAAACAACGCGAACUGGAAGCGCUUAUGCAAACCAUCUCAGUAUCCGAUAAUGAGGCUGCGAUCACCGACGAUUCCGAGAGCGAGGAGGUGGACUCUACAGAAGACGAGGACGUAGAAGACGACGAGACGGACGAUAGCCAUACAAGCAAACCAGCACAGGAACAGAUAGUGAUCAACACCAUUGAGAUUGAUGCGAAUGGCAAGAUAGUCAGGCGGAUUGUGGAGCAACGGACCCACGGGAUGGCUCAGAAGGGGACAGAUACAGAUACGCCCACAGCGGAGAGUGACAGGUCCACUGAGGUGGAGGGAGGUGCAGGGCAUGCGGAAGAGGAGGACAUACACACGCCCACGGGAAUAGUACAAUUGCAGAGGGGCACAUACGCUGACAGCCUAGAGACGCCUACGGAAAGCACGCACAGCACAGACAGGAUAAGUGGUGCAGGCGUACAGGACGGCAGCCAUACAGACGAGGCCACUAGAGAUGCUACGAAUAAGGAUACUGGAGAUGCUACGGAUGAGGAUACUGGAGAUGGGACAGAUGAGGAUGCAAUGGAUGGGGCAGAGGACAGCGUAGCACAGAACACCAACAAGGAGCACCGGCCGUUCAGGGAUCAACAGAUGGCCAAGCCUUCACAUCAGAGUCGACCGAAAGCAACCAAGACUAAAAUCCUCACAGCCGAGGAGAUCCGCAAACAGGUGGCCAAGGAAGUCACCAAGAAGUUUAAACCAAAGAGCAAGAAAGCAAACCAUCAAACGGCACAUAAGAAGGAUGUCCGUGAUAACAUCAAACACGGCGGUGAACUGUAGGCCGGUCAACGGGGCAAUAGCAGAAGCCAUGCGUAGUGGAAGAAAUAAAGUAUAGUAAAACAU